CUUUGGGGGGGAUCAUCCUGUCAGGCAAUAUGGGUGUUAGUGACAGCUUUCACGACGUUGAGCUAUGACUGUCUACGGACAAUUAUUUAGACCGAUAGCUGGAGUUGACCGACUGUUUAUCCGAGCGAAGAGUGUCUCACAUGGAAUUUAAACUUUCGGUGUCCAAAAGCCAAGUCUCGCAAAUGCAUGGCCUGUAAAAUGAUCCCGUGCGCCCAGAAGCGGCUUUCGGUAGUGCCCCCAACCACUGGGAUGACGUAUCCGGGGGUCGUUCCUCGGCCACCCACUCAACAAGUCGCGCCGUACCCAAACGCAACCUGAACACAUGGCCCAAGGCAACGACAACUAAGAACAAAAAGACGACGAGACAGCCCCCCAUCGCCUCAAACCCAUACUCCAUACGACACUCGAACUCAAGCGACUACACCCUGGACUGGUAGGACACUCGCGAGAACCCCAUCAAAGCCGCCAUGGCUCCCAGGAAACGAGCAAAGCCGAACCCGGUCCAGCAGAAUGCGCCAACAACACAAUCAUCAGACACUGCGGAUCAAAUCACAUCGCCGGCCGCUUCUACACCCCCACAGAGCAUCCCGCCAUCUCUGAAAACCAAUGGAAGUGGCGAUCGCGCAUCCAACUUUGGCCCAGGCUCGAAGCAGGUGAACAAGACUCGUAGUUGGUAUGGGUCUUUAUCGAAGAAGUCUGUAGCAUCCACCCAAGUUGCGCGCGAGACCAUCUUGGGUGGAACCUCGAAACCUAUGGCUACCGCCGACUUUACUCGGUUUGAUACAAAGAAGCCUUCUGAUAUGAGUGGCGACGAAGCACCGACCCCUGCUCCUUCUUCACUAUCGAAAUCACACGAUUCUGGCGUUGGAUUCGCGAGCGAUGGAACCCGAGCCCUGAAAACACCGAGCUCCAAGACCGUUGUGAAGCCUGCAAACGGACAGGCAGAGGCCAAGACUACGGCUAAGUCGGAGGACGUGGUCAUGGAAACCGAAGACAAUGGAAAAGAACAAGAAGAGACACCACCUGCCAAAUCAGCUACGGAUCAGAGUACAGGUCCUACGGUACCCACUGCGUCUGCAGCUACAACUACGCGACCUACAUCAACAUGGCUAGGAGGGUGGUGGGGAAGCUCACAGCCUCCAGCUCCAGCAUCAGCACCGGCCUCGCAAAUGGACGUCGCGGAGGAACCAGCCACACAAGCAACACUUGCUGGUAGCCAGGUCCCAGAGAAUGCGACACAAGAGCCCGCCCCUCGAGACCCGCCAGAACAACAGUCGCCGGACAUAGCCGAGCAAACCGAGGCACAGAACCAAGCACAUGCCGCUACUGGUGGAGGUUAUGGAUCUUGGAUCUGGGGUUGGGGAGCAGGAAAGAGCGUACCAACUUCACAGCCAGCAAAAACUGCUUCAGAUUCUACAACAGACCAAUCUUCAGCGGAAGUGCCCAGAACAGACAGCACCAGCGACUCAGCGAAGGAGCCCGAAGACACCAUCAUGCAGGGUGCCCCACCAAUCGAGGAGACUCCGGUGCCCUCAGGUUCUACAACAUCAGACCCAGCCCCAAAAACAGGCUCAACAUGGGCAUUCUGGUCUCGACAAUCAGGGCCAACAUCGGGAAAGAAGUCAGCCGAAGAUUCCGACGAAGGUCAGCUUGCGGUGAUGGGUGAAAGCUCGGAACACCGCCCAAAGAGAGCCAAGUCCAUGGAGUUCAAAGGCUCUCCAACCAAGGAAACCCCUAUCAAGUCUGGUAAAAAGGAGGAACCAGCCAAGGAUCUGUCGAUCAAGUCUGGCAAGACUGGGAAGAAGGAAGAGUUGGCCAAAGCUUCAGCCAGUCCGCCAGGCAAGGCAGCUUCCAUCAGGAGAUCCAAGAGGGACCGUCCAGAAUCGAUGGAAAUCGAUGACACGACCCCCAUUCGUCCUGGUACCCCCAAGGCAGUGGAAGCUCCGGCCAAGGGGGCUGCGCAGAAAACACCAGCCUCAUCAACAAAAACUACCGCACCCAACCUUGUGCUUCCGUCUUUUAAUGGAACCUACAAACUCAAAGAAAACCCCUCGAUCGUCAAGCAAAUCACCCGUAUUCUUCUUCGAGGAAGCCAAGCUCCUUCAAACAAGCACGUCUACAUCUCCAAAGACCUCCCCAAAAUAAAGAAAGCGAUUGCCAUCGGCGUUCAUGGGCUCUUCCCCGCGAACUAUCUCAGGACAGUCAUCGGCCAGCCAACAGGCACAUCGAUCAAGUUUGCCAACCACACCGCCGACGCCAUUAGACGCUGGGCAGAUAAACAUGGCUGUGGAGACUGCGAAAUCGAAAAAGUAGCCUUGGAAGGUGAAGGCAAGAUUGGGGAAAGAGUAGAAAACCUCUGGAACUUGCUCCUCAACUGGAUCGACCAGAUCAGAUCGGCUGAAUUGAUCCUCAUCGGGUGUCACUCUCAGGGUGUGCCAGUGAGUAUCAUGCUCCUGGCCAAGCUAAUCGAAAUGGGCGUGGUCAACAAGGCCAGGGUCGGUGUCUGUGCCAUGGCGGGGGUUUCUUUGGGACCGUUCCCCGAUUACAGGACUAGUAUGGGGUAUUUGAUGGGCUCGGCGGGGGAGCUGUGGGCGUUUGGGGACCCAAAAAGCGAGGUCAGCCAGCGGUUGGAGGCAGCAAUGAAGGUUUGCUUGGGGUACGGGGUGAGGAUCACCUUGGUGGGGAGUAUUGACGACCAGCUUGUGCCGAUGGAGUCGGCUGUUUACGCACCGGUGCACCACCCUUACAUUUUCCGAGCGGCGUUUAUCGACGGGAGGAUCCACGCACCGGAUUUUAUUGCUCAUUUGGUUGGCUUUGCACUGAAGCUGAGAAACUUGGGGGUUUCGGACCAUGGGCUGAUUAGGGAGCUGAGCACGCCGCUGGCGGGGAGUUUGUACUCUGGGGAGGGCCACUCGAGGCUGUAUGAUGACGAGCAGGUUUAUGAUCUUGCCGUGAGCCAUGCGCUGGAGACGACGGAUGUGCCGGGAGCGAAUCCGGCUGCUGAGAUGAGUAGAAUGGGGGGCGCGCUGGUGAAUCCGAAUCCGUAUCAUUUGCCUUGGAUCAUGAGGGGGUUGCUGGAGGAGGAUUUUGUGAAGAGUGAGUUGGGGGAGGAGACGAGGGAGUUGGUGAGGCAGUUUGAUGAUUGGAAGCCGGUGACCAAGGCGCUGAAGGAUGUGAAGUAUCGGUUGGAGGCGGUGAGGUCCAAGUUGUAGGAGGAUGGCGUUUUCGGGUUGGGUUAUUUGCAUGGGCGGUAGGUGUUUUUGGUUUGGGGAAGGUGGUAGGCGUUGCUUUUGGGUUGGGUUUGGUGGUUUUUUGGGUGUGACAGUAAGGAGUGGUUGGGGAGUUUUGCUUCGUGGCGAGGGGUUGGUCGAGGUGUUCAACAAGAGACGACUUUGGGAACAGAUGAGACGGAGAGGGGAGCGUUGGGUUUGGGGCAUUUAGAGGCGUGUUUGGUAGACAGGACAGACAUGGCUAGCAUAUUUGGGGGCAUAUACACAGAGGAGAGGUGAUACUAUGAAUAAAUAUAUAAUCUAACAUUACAGUCGACUUGGCCAUUGUUGACCUAGGUCGCUGGGGUUAAACUGAGAGGAGUUCGAG